CGUUCCAAGUUUACAUUAAAAAAAGAGAAGGAAAAAAAAAAAAACUAAAUAACUAAAAAAAGUCCCAACAUGCAACCUGAGCAUUACUUCUCGGAGAAGUCCUCGUUCCCCGUUGCCGUCGACGAGGACGACAAAGCCACCGAGUUCCGUCCGCUCUCGGCAGGGCGGCCACACAUGCUUACCUUCCACCUGGCAUGGCUGAACCUCUUCUCCUGCUUCUUCUCCACCUUUUCCAUUCCCCCACUCCUUCCGGUCAUCCGUGAAGACCUCAAACUCACCGCCGCCGAAAUAGGCGCCGCUGGCACCGCCUCCUUUGCGGGCUCCAUCUUCUCCCGCCUCCUCAUGGGACCCACCUGUGACCUUGUCGGCCCCCGCAUAGCCUCUGGCACGCUCUCCCUCCUCACCGCCCCAAUCAUCCUCGCCACCUCCCUGGCCUCCACACCCGCCUCCUUCAUCGCCAUCCGCUUCCUCGUCGGUUUCUGCCUCGCUAAUUUUGUCUCCAGCCAGUUCUGGAUGAGCUCCAUGUUCUCCGGCAACGUCGUCGGCCUCGCAAACGGCGUUGUCGCAGGCUGGGCCAACGUCGGCUCUGGCGUGACCCAACUCGUCAUGCCCGUCGUCUACUCCCUCUUCAUCUCACUAUUCAACCUCCCUUCCUCCACCGCAUGGCGCUUAUCAUUCAUAAUCCCGGCAAUUUUCCAAGCCACCACCGGAACCUUGGUUUUGUUAUACGGUCAAGAUCUCCCUUCUAGUAACCACAACACCAAGAGAGGUACUAAUCGAAAGGAGAGUGUAUUUGUUGUUGUGCUGCGUGGGUUGUCGAAUUACAGAGGAUGGGUUCUGGGACUGCUGUAUGCGUCGUCGUUUGGGGUGGAGCUUACAAUGGACAACAUAAUAGCGGAGUAUUUCUAUGACAGGUUCGGGGUGAAUGUUCAGACGGCGGGAACCAUAGCGGCGUGUUUUGGGAUGGCGAAUGUGUUUUCGAGGCCAAUGGGUGGAGUGAUGUCUGACAGGAUGGGGAAGAGGUUCGGGAUGAGAGGGAGGCUUUGGGGGGUGUGGGCGGUUCAGACGGUGGCCGGUUUGCUCUGUGUGUUGCUGGGCCGAGUUGACUCGCUUUGGAGCUCGGUGCUUGUGAUGUGCUGCUUUUCAGUGUUUGUUCAAGCUUCUUCUGGCCUCAUCUUUGGCGUGGUUCCUUUCGUUUCCAAGAGAUCGCUAGGAGUAAUAGCAGGAAUGACUGGAAGCGGUGGAACGAUAGGAGCAGUUGUGACGCAAAUGGUGUUGUUCUCAAGCGGCAACUUAUCUAAACAGACAAGUAUAUCCGUGAUGGGUCUAUUCAUCAUAUUUUGUACUCUUCCUGUAACUUCGAUCUACUUCUCUCGUUGGGGAGGAAUGUUUUGUGGUCCGACAUCAUGCCAUGAUUCAAUCCAGGAAAAUUAUAGUCUUCUGGAAUAACAUAUUUACAUUCGAAGAAGAAGAGAUAUAUCACAAUUACGCGUUAUGUCAUAUAUAACUAAAUUGGUCAAUGUAAUCGAUAACAUAUAUUAUAAUAGACUGAGGUAAUUUAUAUUAUAAUUGACUAUCUAUACUUUUUUUGUAAUUAAGAUUAUUUUAUCUGAAG